UACAUGUCAAGAAACGUAAUACAUAAAUAUUUUGAACGCAGAACUUCCGAGUAUGAUAUUCUCGGGUUCCUAAACGAGUGUGAUCUUGAACCGUUCGAACGGAAGGGUGGUAAGAGCUUUUUAUUGAAAAUGCAGGGAACGAGUGGCGAGAUUCUUGUCAUUCAAGGGGCUUCUGGCCGAUCUGGCACUGGCCCCGUUGAGGCGCAGAGUGACCUUCUGGAUUGUUCUGUCGUUCAAGGCUUCUGGCCGAGCGGAUGUGAUCUUUUAGUAUUCGUCGUCAUCAAAAAUUUAAAGAUAAAUUUAUUAGCAUUUGUAACUGAAUAUGUAAGGGUACUCGACCCGAUCGCGAAAAUGGGAGAAAGAAAGAUAAAAAGACAAUUUGGAGUGAAAACCCAAUCCGUGAAUGAUAUUGAAGAGACUGUCAGUGAUAACGAAAUCGAAGAUGAACGGGAAAUCGAUGACUUUACCAAUUUUGAUCUCGUCUACCAUAAUCUAGAUCCAGCAAAGAUGUGGACUCUCGAAUCCUGA